GCCCUGCUGCUCCGUCAUCCCGUCGCGCCGGAAAAGGCCGAGCAGCAGGAAAAAGGGAGGCGUUGCCCUCCAACAACACAUCAGCUGCAAAUUUAUGCAAAACAGUGAAAGCGCUGCUGCUGCUGCUGCUGAGCCGCCGUCCUGCACUGCCGAGAAGAAAAGAGCAACGACGGCAGGCGCCAGAGGCCGCUCAGCCGUCCGGACUCGUCUUACAGCAGGGCAGCCUGUGCAGGAGGAGGCUGAGAAUCCCGGACCGGUGACGCUGCCAUGGAGACGGAGGGAGAGCAGAAUCAGCAGGGGGCCUCCACCAAUGGGAGCGCUGCGUCUGGGACGAGCUCCCGCCCCUCUCCAAUGAAUUCCAUGUCCCUGUAUGAAAGGCAGGCCGUGCAGGCCCUGCAGGCGUUACAAAGGCAGCCUAAUGCAGCUCAGUACUUCCAGCAGCUCAUGCUACAGCAGCAGAUCAACAACGCCCAGCUGCAGAACCUGGCCGCCGUGCAGCAGGUAAAGGCUACUCUGGCAGCCAGCCGUCAGUCCAGUCCUUCCAGCAGCAGCUCUUCUCAGACCACCAGCACCACAGCUGCCAGUGUAACAUCUGGAUCAGGGUCCACAACCAGCACUCGUCCCAUGGGCGCCUCGACUACGUCCACAAUCAGCCAAUCAGUGCUGCUGAGUGGGACGGCAGGGGGGCAGGGACAAAUGUAUCUGAGAGUCAACCGGUCCCUGAGGGCCCCCAUCUCCUCGCAGCUCAUCUUUAUGCCUGGCAGCACAGCAACCGCUGCCGUGGCAACCGUCACUCAGCAGCCACAGGCUCAGCCACAGGAAGUAACACCAACUUCCUCUUCCAGCAGCCAAUCAGAUAAUGACCAGGUGCAGAAUCUAGCCAUGCGAGGAGUCUGCAGUACCAAAGGAGUCGGUGUUAAGACUGAGGCUCCAGAGAGGAGUGACUCAGCUGCCUACUCCCUGGUCCAGCCCUCUCAUCAGUCAAACUCCCAGUCCCCCACCAAGCCGAGCCAGCCUCAGCCCCAGCCACCCCACAUCAAAAUCCCCACGUACCCUCAACCCACCAACCUCAAAGCCCACCCGUCCUCCUCCUCCGGUGUCUCCUCGUCGUCCUCCAUCCCUCUCUCCCAGCUCCUGCUUCACGGAACCCGGACUCUCACCACAGGAACUACGGCUCCCACGGCAGCACACACUUUGGUCCUGACGUCCAGCGCGGCAUCCCAGCCCCACGGGUAUCCUGUUGGCACGGCGACCAUCAAACCAGCAGUCAAUGCUCAGACCCUGGUGGUGCAGCCUCUGCAGAAGACCUCGCUCAGUGCUGAGAAAUCGGGCCACGGCAAUGGACCCAUCCCCAUCCAACCCAAAACUCUGCAGGGACUCCGCCUGCCCCUUCAGCUGCCUUCCAGGAACCCUCCUCCCAUCCUGCCUGCCCCACCACCCACCAGCGGCUCCGCCCAGCCCCCCCAGACGCCACACAUCCCUGUCCAGAUUGUGGGGGCGAGGCAGAGCACACUGGGAAACACCCAGGCUCUGGCUCUGGCCCGAGGCAGCAGCUGCCAGGACGGAGCCGCCGUCCUCAGCAGCUCAUCCAGCCUACUCACUAUGGUGGCAUCCAUCGCUUCCAGGGAGGCUGGGGUCAUGGGCAGAGGGGUGGGGCUAAAGACGCUUCAGUCGCCCCAGGAGGCCCCCCCGAUGGCUCAGGUCUCUCAGGUGCAUCCGCAUCAAAGCUCUGGACAGAGUCAGAAUGGACCCCUGGCUUUGAGCCCUGCCUCCUCCCAGUCCCCCACUGUUUCCUCUCCAACCGCCUCGAUGUCUCGCUCCUCCCUCUCCCUCCCCCUGGCGACAGAAGAGCAGAGAGGAGCAGCACCUGGUGUGACCACCAAUGGAGACUCGUCGGGAAGCCAGACACCACAGGGAAAGCAGCUGACUGGCCCAGUAAAACGAAAAUCCGACUCUAAUUCAGCCAAUGACGAGGACGGCCCCUCCCCUCCGCGGCUCCAACCAGUCAGAGAUCUCGCCUCAGCCCUCCCAACCAAUCCAGUCGAAGCAGACUCUGGUGCUCCUCCGCCGGCCUCCUCCUCUCCCUCCCCAGUCAUGGCGGUGUCUCGUGGGGUCGGCGUCCAGGGGGAGAGGGCCCCUCCCCCUCAAGCUGUGGUUAAACCUAACGUCCUUACACACCUCAUAGAGGGGUUUGUUAUCCAGGAAGGGGCGGAGCCUUUUCCGGUAUGUGGCUCAGUUAAGGACUCAGCGGGUGAGGAUUUAACUAAUGACAGUCCAGACACUAACCAAUCAGAGACGGUUACGACAGCGACAGUGCUGAAGUGUGAGUACUGUAAAAACUUUGCUCCUGCCAGCCAGUUCAGAGGCACCAAAAGGUUCUGCUCCAUGUCUUGUGCCAAGAGUAUGUAUUGGUUCCCCAGGUACAACGUCAGCUUCAGGCAGCCCUUCUGCAUGCGGCAGGGUCAGGGUCAAGGUCAAGGUCACGCUCCAGAUCAGGAUCAAGGCCAAGGUCACUUGUCCAACUCAGACGACGAGGGUGGAAUUACCAGGCGGAGGGUUCCCCGCAGGACUAGCUCAGAAAUAGCCAGUGCCAAGAUAGCAGGGAGACCCAUACCUGUUAAGUGCCGUUCAGAGUCCAGCCAUUCAGAUGAGGAGUCCAGCGGAGAGGAGGAUGAAGAUGACCCCAUGUCCCUCUCGCCCGCCUCCUCAGCCUCCUGCCACCAGCCGCCUCUUCCGCUCCCCCCAGAGAGCUCUGCACCCAGCUGCCUGCCCGCCAGCCCGGGCCAGUGGAGCGUGGAGGAAGUGUCGCAGUUUAUUUCCUCUCUACAAGGCUGCGAGGAGUUGGCGUCCCAGUUCCUGUCGCAGGAGAUUGACGGACAGGCCCUGCUGCUGCUGAAGGAGGAGCAUCUCAUGUCCACCAUGAACAUCAAGCUAGGUCCUGCCCUCAAGAUCUGCGCCCACAUUAACAACCUGAGAGACUGAUGUCAGUGUUUCCAUAAACCCCCCAUGUUCAAAGUCAAGCCCUGGGCAUUUACCCCAAACUCCUGGUCCACAUCCCCGGUGAGAUUUGGAACCAGAGCAGUGGAAUGUCUGAGGUACAGUUCAUUUUUAAAACGAAGCCAAGGCUCUUCAGCCCUAACCAGGGCUGCAGCACUUGAAUCUGUUGUCGUUUUUGUCUGCUCUUCAACUUCAAAUGUUGCUCCUGCACAGGAGUGUUGUUAUAGUUCCAGUAAUGUUCUUUGCAAAUCUGUCACGUCCGUGUACAUGUGGCAAAAUAUGGAAGACUACCGACCAUGUGAAGGUACGUGUUCCCUAAAAGGCUGUUUCUGCACAGAAUCGGUCAGAAAAAGUUCUUACCAAGUGAGUUCGUUUUGCUUUUAGAUGCACAGUUUCAGUCUUGCAUUGGAAAAUGCACAAGCGAAGGUUUUGAAUGUAUUUUCAAUGCAGAAAUCACGUGAAUUGUGCAUUGAGGGUUAGGAGUUGCACAGGAUUCCCACCUUUUGAGUUCUGUACAAACACGGCUGCCUUUUUCACAGGCUUUGGCUUUGCUUGUGCUCGUGUGUGUCAGUGUUGUUGUCACACUUCAUAUUUCCGCAUUCACCAAGGGAAUUUGCAGAUGAAUACACGACCACUUGUUCAUUAUGUCAUACUGUACAGGACAAGUGCAGUUCUUUUGACUUUGAAAUUUACUGAGGAUGCAUUUUUCUUGUCUUUGGUAAGAAAGUUGGAUCUCAUCUAGUCGAACACUUGAGGGUUUUGAUUACAGCUCUUCACCUGAUUUGAGUCACAAUCAGCACAGAAUUAGGACAGAAAUACAGUAAAGAAACACAUACUGAAUUCAAUAGCUACAUAAAAUGUAUGUAUCAGUCAGUUUCAUUUUGACAAAAUGUAAGUUUUAUUUUCAUUUAUAACUGUAAUGUUAUUUAUGCAAAAGAGAAAUUCCUGUUUUCAAGAUUAUGAUCAUUUUCUAAGAAUAGGCCUCAUCAUUUUUAAAUGGAGGUACCUUUAAUUUGAAAGUGGCUCUACAGUUAACAGGGUACAGUUAAAGUACAGGGUACAGACUGCAGGGACAAACCCAGAGAGUGUUUCACACUUCAAGUGAGGCAAGAAAUACCGCAAAAAUACUGAUAUGGCAUAUAAUUUUCUCACAUUUCUACCAUAUUUUUACAUGAAGAGUGCGUCAACAGUUAUUAAGACACUACUGCAAAAUGCUUUUCCAAAACCGUUUUCACUCAGUGUCUUGAGGAGAUACUUUCAAAGUUUUUUAACAGACUGUUGACUUUACUCUUUAAAAGAUUAAAAUCUGCAAAAUGC